AGAGUGGGCCGACAAUUGGAAUAAUGGGAUUUUAAGCAAACAGUGAACCGAACCGAACAGUUCGGUCUUAUUCUCGUGCGCGGAAGUAGCUUGUGUACACUCCAUACGAGCCACGAUACAGCCGUCAUCGAUACCGACAGCGAUAACUGACGUCGUGUCAGCGUAAUCGUCGUCAGGGGGGCCGAUCCCUGGCUAGCUGGCGGAUCCGCGACCACGAAACGUAACCGUCGCCGCCGCUGCUUGACAGAACGACAGAGCCGAGGAAGAUGGCCGAUAUGACGGAAUCGCCGCCGCUGUUCGACACCAACGAGGCCAAGCUGGACGACCUGGAGGACGACGACGAGGAUAUCUUCGCGUCUGCGGUGCAGGAGCAGAAUCAGCUGGAGGAUGCCUCGCCUUACAACGGAAUGUCCAAAGUUCAAGCAGAGCUGCCAAAGCUAUCUUUGCGAGAUAUGCCAGAGGAAAAUUCGUUCUCCUCGAUGUCCAGCCCAGCGCCGGGUCCCUUGAGUCCACCCCUGGGGCCGAUGAACACAGAUAUUGGGGAUCUUCAUGAUGUUCCUAUCAAUGACAAUGCAGACACAUUGUCUACGAACAUCAUUCAUUCUCGAUCUUUAGAAGAGGUUCCAGCAGAUACGUCCGAAGUUUUUUUAAAAAUCACUGUCACCUCGCCUCAAAAGAUAGGUGAUGGAAUGGGUGCCUAUGUUGCAUACAAAGUUGAAACGAGAACAAAUAUGCUUAUUUUUAAGAAGAGAAACUUCAGCGUGAUCCGACGCUUUAGCGAUUUUCUAGGUCUUCAUGAUAAAUUGACAGAGAAAUAUCUUAGAAACGGCAGGAUAAUCCCACCAGCCCCAGAGAAAAGUGUAAUUGGAACGACAAAAAUUAAAAUGUCUGGGGACAAAAGCCAAGAACAAAAUUCGAGUUCCACAGAAUUUCUUGAACGGCGUAGAGCAGCACUCGAGAGAUAUUUGAACAGAACAGCUGCACAUCCGGUUUUGAGUAUUGAUCCUGACUUCAGAGAAUUUUUAGAAGCUGAUGUAGAAUUGCCUAAGGCCACCAAUACAUCUGCAUUGAGUGGUAAAGGAGUAAUGCGGCUUUUCAACAAAGUCGGGGAAACGGUUAAUAAGAUAACAUAUAAAAUGGACGAGAGCGAUAUGGAGGGUAAGUGGUUUGAAGAGAAAACGUCGCAAAUAGAUUCCCUUGACAUUCAGUUACGCGCCUUGCAUUCUGCGGUCGAUUCUUUAACGAAUCAAAGAAGAGAAUUGGCAAACUACACUGGUGCUACGGCAAAGUCGAUCGCCGUUCUUGGUCAUGGCGAACCAGGAGCGUCUCUUGGCAGAGCUCUGGCGCAAUUGGCCGAGACUCUGGAAAAAGUGGAAGUGAUCAGAAAAACACAGAGCAACAGCGAUCUCUAUCAAUUUGCAGAAAUGUUGAGGGAUUACGUCGCACUAAUUGGUGCUAUCAAAGAUGUUUUUCACGAGAGAGUGAAAGUUUUCCAAAAUUGGCAACACGCUCAGAUGAUGUUGAACAAGAAACGCGAACAAAAGGCGCGACUCGAACAAUCAGGUCGAACGGACAAAACAAGCCAAGCGGCUACCGAGGUCAUAGAGUGGGAGGCGAAAGUGGACAGGGGUCAAGAGGAAUUCGACAAUAUCUCGAAGAUGAUAAAGGAGGAGAUCGAACGCUUUGAAUUGGUCAGAGUGCAAGAUUUCAAGAAGCAACUGAUCGAAUACCUGGAAUCAAUGCUGCAACAUCAGAAUCAACUUAUUAAGUACUGGGAGAGUUUCUUACCGGAAGCACGAGCAGUGGCGUAAACAUUCCGUUAAAGAGAAACGAUAAUGAGGCCGAUACCUACCUAUAAUACGACAAAAGUAACUUCUGUGAUGUUCGUCGGAACAAGCCAAGACAAGUCAGGACAAGUUAUUUGUUCAGUAUCAACAAUUGCGGCGUAUUUUACCAAGAAUUCUUAAACUUCAUCGAGAAAGGAUAUUUUAUAUUCGGAAAAAAAGGAACAGUAAAGGCGAACAUACAUUUGGGCGUAUUGCUAGAUUAUUGGAAGAAAAAGAAUAUAUCCUAGUUAGACGAACAUAACUAGAAGUUUCAAAUUUUUAUUACAUUUCAAUUAUUGUCAAUAUAUAAUAUAUUAAUUCUUUAUGAUUACUUUAUAUUCAUAUUAUAUAUAUAUACAUUAUACGUAACUGUACGUAUGAAAUAUACAAUUUGUUAAAUAAUGUUGCUAAAUAAUAAAGAUCGAUCAUGGUUAUAUUAA